AAAAAAAAAAAAAAAAAAAGACCCAACGUAAGUGAUACUUGCAAAGGGUUUACUCAGGAAGUAGUCUGAAUCCACUGUUCUUUUUAAUGUUGUUUUCUUUAGACAAAUCCCCUCAUUUCCUGCGUCUCGGAGAUGUUGAGGUGAACGCCGGCCAGAAUGCCACCUUUCAGUGUAUCGCCACUGGGCGAGACACAUCCAACGAUAAGCUCUGGCUUCAGCGGCGAAACGGAGAAGAUAUCCCCGUGUCGCAGAGGAAGAACAUCAACCACCGACGAUUCUCCGCCUCGUUCCAUCUCAACGAAGUCACCAAUCAGGAUCAAGAUUUGUAUCGCUGCGUCACCCAGUCGGAGCACGGCUCGGGGGUGUCCAACUUCGCCGGUCUUAUUGUCAGAGGUGAGGAUUUUUAUUGAAAAUUGCUCCCCCCG